CCAAAACCAUGGUUGCUUUUCAACAGCCCAAUUAACUCAUUAACUCGUUCGAGCCAUGCCAGAAGCGUCCCGACUCAAUGCGUCUAAAGUUUCUCCCCAGAACUCUGCCAACCUCCGAGUCGAGCUCGUUUCUUCACCGCUCUUUAUUCUCAACGAUUCUUCCCCUGUCAACUCACUCCAGCGGGAGCCCACAACACGAGAGAUACACCCACCUAUUAAGGCUAUGCUUACGACAAUGCAGAGAAGUCAAAACUCAUUACAUGUUCGACGAAAUGUCUCAGACAACAGAGCGGGCUUUGAAAGCCGGCAAAUUGAUACACGCACAGGGUUUGGAACUUGGGUUUUGGUCAAAAGGGUUGUUGGGAAACGCAAUUCUUGAUCUUUAUGCUAAAUGUGGAGAUGUGGGUUCUGCUGAGAAGGUGUUUCAUAGCCUAGAAAAGAGAGAUGUAUUCUCUUGGAACUCAGUUAUUUCGAUGUAUUCAAAACGAGGACUGGUAGAUGAAGUGGUCAAGAGUAUCGGACCUUUACUGAAUAGUGGGGUCUUGCCAAAUGAGUUCACAUUGUCCACUCUUUUAUCUGCAUGUGCCAGGUUGAAAGAUAUUGAAUUUGGUAGACUGGUGCAUUGUUGUGUUGUUAAAAUGGGGCUUGAAACGAGUUCUUUCUGUGAAGGUGCUCUUAUCGAUAUGUAUAGCAAGUGUAAUUAUGUAACUGAUGCUAGGAAGGUGUUUGAUGGUUCAAUGGAUCUUGAUACCGUUUCUUGGACAUCGAUGGUUGCUGGUUAUGUUCAGGUUGGCUUGCUUGAGGAAGCAUUAGAAGUGUGUGAAAGCAUGCUGAAGGCUGGUCGUGUUCCUGAUCAGGUGGCUUUUGUCACUAUCAUAAAUGCUUUUGUUGGUUUAGGUAGACUUGACGAUGCACAGGCCUUGUUUUCCCAGAUGCCAAAUCCGAAUGUUGUAGCCUGGAAUGUGAUGAUUUCAGGGCAUGCCAAGAGAGGUUAUGAGGUGGAGGCUAUUAAAAUUUUCCAAAACAUGAGGGCAUCUGGGGUUAAGUCCACACGCUCCACAUUGGGAAGCAUGUUCAGUGUGAUUGCUAGUUUAGCAUCUUUAGAGUUCGGAUUAUUACUUCAUGGUGAGGCAAUAAAACAAGGGUUGAAUUCUAACGUUUAUGUAGGAAGCUCUUUAAUUAACAUGUAUGCGAAGUGUGACAAAAUUGAUGCUGCAAAGAAAGUAUUUGAUGAGUUGCCUGAGAAAAAUGUUGUCUUGUGGAAUGCAAUGCUAGGAGGUUAUGCGCAAAAUGGGUAUGCUGAUGAAGUAAUUGAAUUAUUCUCUCAGAUGAAGGGGUCUAAUUCUCAGCCUGAUGAAUUUACCUAUACCAGUAUCUUGAGUGCAUGUGCUUGCUUAGGAUGUCUGGAAACAGGUCGCCUGUUUCAUGCAUUUAUUAUCAAGAACAAAUUUGCAUCAAAUUUAUUUGUGGUGAAUGCAUUGGUUGAUAUGUAUGCAAAAUCUGGGGCUCUAAAAGAAGCAAGGCAACAAUUUGAGAUCAUAAAAGAUCGAGAUAAUGUUUCUUGGAAUGCAAUUAUUGUUGGAUAUGUUCAAGAUGAGAAUGAGCUUGAGGCAUUUAACAUGUUCCAAAGAAUGAUUUUAUAUGGAUUUGUGCCUGAUGAGGUGUCCUUGGCCAGUAUACUCAGUGCUUGUGCGAAUGUUCAGAGUCUUGAGCUGGGGAAGCAAAUCCAUUGUCUUGCAGUCAAAUCUGGUUUAGAUAAGAGCCUCUAUGCUGGAAGUUCCCUUAUUGACAUGUAUGCCAAGUCUGGGGCCAUUAGGGAUGCACGCAAAGUCCUCCAUGGUAUGCCUCAACGGAGUGCGAUCUCCAUUAAUGCUAUGAUUGCUGGGUAUGCACCAAAAGAUUUAGAAGAAGCAAUUAUCUUAUUACAAGAGAUGCAGGUAGAUGGAUUGAAACCAUCUGAAGUAACAUUUACAAGCCUUUUAGAUGCUUGUAAUGAACCUCAUAAGUUGAACCUAGGAAAGCAAAUCCAUUGUUGUAUAAUAAAGAGAGGCCUUUUGUAUGACGAAGAGUUCUUGGGGGUGUCACUCCUGUGCAUGUACUUGAACUCGAACUCCCUUAGAGAUACAGAUGCAAGAAUUCUGUUUGAAGAGUUCCAAAACCGAAAAAGUGCAGUCUUAUGGACUGCAUUAAUUUCGGGUCAUACUCAAAAUGGUUGCAAUGAGGAGGCCCUACACUUAUUCCGAGAGAUGCGUAGCUACAACGUAAUACCUGACCAAGCUACAUUUGUUAGUGUCCUUAGAGCAUGUGCUGUUUUGUCUUCUUUGCAAGAAGGCAGGCAGAUCCACACUCUAAUUCAUCACACUGGUUAUGCUUUAGACGAGUUAACAACUAGUGCCCUUGUAGAUAUGUACGCUAAAUGUGGGGAAGUUAAACAUUCUGCACAAGUUUUCGAGGAAAUGAAUAGCAAGAACGGUAUUAGUUGCUGGAACUCAAUGAUAGUUGGGCUUGCUAAAAACGGUUAUGCAGAAGAUGCAUUGAGAAUAUUUUUUGAGAUGAAACAAGCACAAGUAAUGCCUGAUGAUGUCACAUACCUCGGUGUUCUUACUGCAUGUAGUCAUGCAGGGAAGGUAUAUGAAGGUCGUCGAAUUUUUGACAUGAUGGUUAAUUAUGGGAUUCAGCCAAGAGUAGAUCAUUGUGCCUGCAUCGUUGAUCUUCUUGGACGAUGGGGAUUUCUUAAAGAAGCAGAGGAUUUCAUUGACAGUUUAAAGUUUGAACCGGAUGCUAUGAUUUGGGCUGCACUGCUUGGUGCUUGUAGAAUACAUGGAGAUGAAAUUAGAGGACGGCGGGCUGCAGAGAAACUGAUUGAAUUGGAACCUGAAAAUUCAUCGCCCUAUGUGCUGCUUUCUAACAUAUAUGCUGCAACAGGGAACUGGGAUGAGGUUAAUGCAUUGAGGAGGAAAAUGAGAGAAAAAAGAGUCCAGAAGUACCCUGGUUGUAGCUGGAUUGUGGUGGGACAGAAAACGAAUUUGUUCAUUGCAGGAGAUAAGUCUCAUCCUAAAGCAGAUGAAAUUGAAGAAAUUUUGAAGGAUUUGGUAGUAUUGAUGAGAGAAGAUGGGUGUGCUCCAGAAGUGGAUACAUUGUUGUUGCAUGAGGACGAGUGAUAAAAGCCUCACUUUGCAGCACAGCUUCAUGCCAGAGCAAACAGUCGAAUCAUUGCUGUUGUGUAGUAUUAAAUUAUAAUUAGG